AUGGAACCAUUCAACAACCCGAACAACCCGAACAAUCCAAACAACCCGAACAAUCCCAACAACCCGACCCAACCUAAUGUUUUCUCGGUUCCGGCAUAUUAUCCGACGGUAGAACCGAACCAAUUCUCGCAAUAUUCAUCAAAUGCGUUUGCAUCAUUCCAACACUCGCCAAACCAAUUCGCUCAAUUCUCUCAAAAUCAAGCCAUUCAACAAAUGAUGUUGCGGGGUGCUUAUAAUUUCCCACCGAACCCGACACCACCCGUUCAACCCCAACCGAUCCCGAUGCAACCCUUUCAACAACCCGAACCUGACGACGAUGUGGAGGUUUUUCCCGAAACCCAGCCGGCUAAAGGAAAAGGAAAACGAAACAAAGGCAAGCAAGUGGUUGGUGAUCAAUCGUCCAAACCGAAGUCGACUAAGCGGACGCCAAUCGAAAAAGAAGCCUUAGCCAAGGCUUUCAUAGCCAUGUCUAACAACAAGACAAAAGGUAAUAACCAAACGGGUGACAGAUUUUGGUCCAAGGUUUUGGCAAAGUUCCUCGAACUUAUGGACCAAGGCCCGUAUCGUGAUAUCGACUCGGUGUCGUCAAAGUGGCGUAAAUUGAACUCGGCGGUCAAUAAGUUUUGCGCGGAAUAUAAUAAACUAUAUACAAGUGGGCGUCGUAGCGACAUGAGCGACGACGAUGUUUUCAAAAAAGCGUUGGACAACUAUAAGAACAACAAUGGUAAUACCAACUUUGCUCACGUUCGCGCGUGGGAAAUUAUGAAAAAGGAACCGAAAUGGUCGCCGAUUCCUAACGAGGUGGAGAUGGCGAAACGCCAAAAACAUCGGAAACGGGAGUACGCCGUACAUGAAGCGGAGCGUCCACCGGGCAUAGACAAAUCAAAGAAGGAGCGGGCCAAGGGGAAAGAAAAGGAGAAGGUGGACCCGAACAUGGUUGAGUUUAUGGAACACCUAAAAAUGUACAACGACAUCUCGGCCCAAAAGACGAAGGCGAAGGAGCGAGUCGUCGAAGAAAAAAGUCGUGUAGCGGAAGAAAAGUUACGCGAGAAGGUCCAAUUGUCGAAUGAGAAAAUCCGAAUUUCCGAUGAAAAAUUCGGCUCAAGGAAUGGGAAAUAA